UACUGGCCGUCCACACUAUCCAGUAUCGGAGAGUCGAGUCGCCAUUUUGCGGCAGCGAUUUGCUCGAGAGUACAAUGUAAUGAAGUUGCUCACUCGGCCGUAUGUUUCCGCGGAGGCUGAGUCUGAUUACUUUGCAUCGAGAAACGUGAGCGGUCUUGAACAAUUGCGAGAAGAAGAAAAGGCAAGGGCAGAAGCAUUGCGUAUGCCUGGGAAGACGCUGGACAACCAAGAUCGUACUCCACAGCUGUCAAUCCGUCACCGUCUCAUUUGCACGGACAUUCGUGGCGGCUUUCUAGUUGACAGUUGUGUUGACAUUCUGAGAAAUAGGGUAUC